AUGCCUGUUCUUUGUGGGUGCUCAAAUUUUGAAAACUUGCCAGAGAGCCUAGGGAAUCUCAAAGGUCUCAAGGAGCUUGAUUUGAGUGGAACAUCUAUAAAAGAUCUGCCUUCAUCAAUUGAUGGUUUGACAACCCUUAUUUCAUUGACUCUUAUAGAUUGUAAGAAUCUUGUGUGUCUUCCUAGCACCAUUUGUAGUUUGAAUUCGCUUCAAUGCCUUGUUCUUUGUGGGUGCUCAAAUUUUGACAACUUGCCGGAGAACCUAGGGAAUCUCAAAGGUCUCAAUCGUCUUGAUUUGAGUGGAACAGGGAUAAAAGAACUGCCUUCAUCAACUGAUGGUUUGACAACCCUUACUUCAUUGUCUCUUAAAGAUUGUAAGAAUCUUGUGUGUCUUCCUAGCAUCAUUUGUAGUUUGAAUUCGCUUGAAUGCCUUGAUCUUUGUGGGUGCUCAAAUUUUGACAACUUGUCGGAGAACCUAGGGAAUCUCAAAGGUCUCAAUCGUCUUGAUUUGAGUGGAACAGGGAUAAAAGAGCUGCCUUCAUCAACUGAUGGUUUGACAACCCUUACUUCAUUGAUUCUUAAAGAUUGUAAGAAUCUUGUGUGUCUUCCUAGCACCAUUUGUAGUUUGAAUUCGCUUGAAUGCCUUGUUCUUUGUGGGUGCUCAAAUUUUGACAACUUGCCGGAGAACCUAGGGAAUCUCAAAGGUCUCAAUCGUCUUGAUUUGAGUGGAACAGGGAUAAAAGAGCUGCCUUCAUCAACUGAUGGUUUGACAACCCUUACUUCAUUGACUCUUAAAGAUUGUAAGAAUCUUGUAUCUCUUCCUAGCACCAUUUGUAAUUUGAAUUCACUUGGAAGGCUUGAUCUUUGUGGGUGCUCAAAUUUUGAUAACUUGCCGGAGAACCUUGGGAAUCUCAAAGGUCUCAAUUGUCUUGAUUUGAGGGGAACAUCUAUAAAAGAGCUGCUUUCAUCAAUUGAUGGUUUGAUAACCCUUACUUCAUUGAUUCUUAACGAUUGUAAGAGUCUUGUGUGUCUUCCUAGCACCAUUUGUAGUUUGAAUUCGCUUCAAUUCCCUAAUCUUCGUGGGUGCCCAAAUUUUGAAAACUUGCCGGAGAACCUAGGGAAUCUCAAAGAUCUCUAUCGUCUUGAUUUGAGUGGAACAUCUAUAAAAGAUCUGCCUUCAUCAAUUGAUGGUUUGACAACCCUUACUUCAUUGACUCUUAAAGAUUGUAAGAAUCUUGUGUCUCUUCCUAGCACCAUUUGUAAUUUGAAUUCACUUGAAGGGCUUGAUCUUUGUGGGUGCUCAAAUUUUGACAACUUGCCGGAGAACCUAGGGAAUUUCAAAGGUCUCAAGAACCUUCACUUGAAUGGAACAGCUAUAAAAGAGUUGCCUUCAUCAAUUGAUGGUUUGACAACCCUUACUUCAUUGACUCUUAAUGAUUGUAAGAAUCUUGUGUGUCUUCCUAGCACCAUUUGUAGUUUGAAUUCGCUUUUUUGGCUUGGUCUUUGUGGGUGCUCAAAUUUUGAUAACUUGUCAGAGAACCUAGGGAAUCUCAAAGGUCUAAAGGUGCUUGAUUUGACUGGAACAGCUAUAAAUGAGCUGCCUUCAUCAACUGAUGGUUUGACAACCCUUACUUCAUUGAUUCUUAAUGAUUGUAAGAAUCUUGUGUGUCUUCCUAGCUCCAUUUGUAAUUUGAAUUCACUUGGAAGGCUCAAUCUUUGUGGGUGCUCAAAUUUUGAUAACUUGCCAGAGAACCUUGGGAAUCUCAAAGGUCUCAAUCGUCUUGAUUUGAGGGGAACAUCUAUAAAAGAGCUGCCUUCAUCAAUUGAUGGUUUGACAACCCUUACUUCAUUGACUCUUAACGAUUUUAAGAAUCUUGUGAGUCUUCCUAGCACCAUUUGUAGUUUGAAUUCGCUUUUUCAGCUUGGUCUUUGUGGGUGCUCAAAUUUUGACCACUUGCCGGAAAACCUAGGGAAUCUCAAAGGUCUCAAGAAUCUUGUGUGUCUUCCUAGCACCAUUUGUAGUUUGAAUUCACUUGAAUGCCUCGGUCUUUGUGGGAGCUCAAAUUUUGACAACUUGCCGAAGAACCUUGGGAAUCUCAACAGUCUCAAUCGUCUUGAUUUGAGGGGAACAUCUAUAAAAGAGCUGCCUUCAUCAACUGAUGGUUUGACAACCCUUACUUCAUUGACUCUUAAUGAUUGUAAGAAUCUUGUGUGUCUUCCUAGGACCAUUUGUAGUUUGAAUUCACUUGUAUGGCUUGUUCUUCGUGGGUGCUCAAAUUUUGACAACUUGCCGAAGAACCUAGGGAAUCUCAAAGGUCUCAAGGUGCUUGAUUUGAGGGGAACAGCUAUAAAUGAGCUGCCUUCAUCAAUUGAUGGUUUGACAACCCUUACUUCAUUGAUUCUUAACGAUUGUAAGAAUCUUGUGUGUCUUCCUAGCACCAUUUGUAAUUUGAAUUCACUUGUGUGGCUUGUUCUUCGUGGGUGCUCAAAUUUUGACAACUUGCCGAAGAACCUAGGGAAUCUCAAAGGUCUCAAGGUGCUUGAUUUGAGUGGAACAGCUAUAAAUGAGCUGCCUUCAUCAAUUGAUGGUUUGACAACCCUUACUUCAUUGAUUCUUAACGAUUGUAAGAAUCUUGUGUGUCUUCCUAGCACCAUUUAUAGUUUGAAUUCGCUUGAAUGCCUCGGUCUUUGUGGGAGCUCUAAUUUUGACAACUUGCCAGAGAACCUUGGGAAUCUCAACGGUCUCAAUCGUCUUGAUUUGAGUGGAACAUCUAUAAAAGCGCUGCCUUCAUCAACUGAUGGUUUGACAACCCUUACUUCGUUGACUCUUAAUGAUUGUAAGAAUCUUAUGUGUCUUCCUAGCACCAUUUGUAGUUUGAAUUCACUUGUAUGGCUUGUACUUCGUGGGUGCUUAAAUUUUGACAACUUGCCGAAGAACCUAGGGAAUCUCAAAGGUCUCAAGGUGCUUGAUUUGAGUGGAACAGCUAUAAAUGAGCUGCCUUCAUCAAUUGAUGGUUUGACAACCCUUAUUUUAUUGAUUCUUAACGAUUGUAAGAAUCUUGUGUGUCUGCCUAGCACCAUUUGUAAUUUGAAAUCACUUGAAGGGCUCGAUCUUUGUGGGUGCUCAAAUUUUGAUAACUUGCCGGAGAACCUAUGGAAUCUCAAAGGUCUCAAGAACCUUCGCUUGAGUGGAACAGCUAUAAAAGAGCUGUCUUCAUCAAUUGAUGGUUUGACAACCCUUUCUUCAUUGGCUCUUAACGAUUGUAAGAAUCUUGUGUGUCUUCCUUGCACCAUUUGUAGUUUGAAUUCACUUGUAUGGCUUGUUCUUCGUGGGUGCUCAAAUUUUGACAACUUGCCGAAGAACCUAGGGAAUCUCAAAGGUCUCAAGGUGCUUGAUUUGAGUGGAACAGCUAUAAAUGAGCUGCCUUCAUCAAUUGAUGGUUUGACAACCCUUACUUCAUUGAUUCUUAACGAUUGUAAGAAUCUUGUGUGUCUUCCUAGCACCAUUUGUAAUUUGAAUUCACUUGUGUGGCUUGUUCUUCGUGGGUGCUCAAAUUUUGACAACUUGCCGAAGAACCUAGGGAAUCUCAAAGGUCUCAAGGUGCUUGAUUUGAGUGGAACAGCUAUAAAUGAGCUGCCUUCAUCAAUUGAUGCACCAUUUAUAGUUUGA